GAAAAUUCUUUGGAGUACAGGAAGAAAAGCUAUGCUAUUGUUCUAACCCGUGAAGGUGGAAAAUCCAGUUUAAUGGAUAUGCCGGUCUUUUAGGCCUGCAACUGAAGGCUGUCUUUUAGGGGAAUUCCCUUGGAUCACCUGGCUUACGGUACUGUAGGCCCUAUCCUGACAAGAGUACUUCAUAGUCACCUUGACGGUGGCGGUCCAUGAAAUAACUCCAUCAUGAGUAGCCAGUGUGAGGCUGAGGAUGCCGCCAAAGAGACCUCCCCAGAGCCGAUGGAUGAAGUCACCUCAGCACACAAUGGGAGUCAGUACAAGGACCCAAAUCCCAACAGUGUUCAAGGGGGGGAAUACAAUGUUGAGCGUGCGCCAAGUGUCCUGUCCAUUAAGAGCGACCGCUCAAUGGGACUUCCUGGAAACUUUAAAGGAGAAUUUACACCAGACAUAAAUGUUCCUGAGGGAUUCAGUGAUGAGCGUGCUCCAAGUGUGCUGUCCAUGAAAAAUGACCGCUCAAUGGGACUUCCAGGAAAUUUUAAAGGAGAUUUUACGCCAAACAUAAAUGUUCCAGAGGGAUUUAAUAAUGGGCCUGUGCCAAGUGUGCUGUCCAUGAAGAGUGACCGCUCAAUGGGACUCCCAGGAAACUUUAAAGGAGAUAUUACCCCAGACACAAAAAUUAAUCUGGACCAGUUUGAGUCUUCAAGCAUAGUAUCGUCUGCAGUGACAUCUAGCGUCAGUGAACAGUGGUUAUCUUCAGGAGUAUACCACCAGGCAAUUCUCCCUGAGGGAGUCCAGUGUGACGUCUGUUCUAAGAAAGCGGCGAAGUCCUGUCUCACCUGCAGUGCUUCGUUCUGUGAGGACCACAUCAAGAUCCACUACACAGCUCCGGCCAUGCAGAGACAUAAGCUGAUCCAGGCCACCAGAGACCUGGAGGAGCGACUGUGUCAACUGCACAGCAGGCACCUGGAGCUGCUCUGUCAGACGGACAAAACCCUGAUCUGUGCCUUGUGUUCCGUCGAGGAGCAUAAAGGACAUGACAUUACCGCAGAUCGGUGGGAGAUAAACAAUAUUCAAAUUGUUCACAUGAAGGAACCAGAGUGGGAAAUAAGAAAUGAACUAGCUCCUCCUGGACCAAUCAAAUUCAGCUCUGUGAAGGCUGACUCGGUCACCUUGAGCUGGUCUGGACCAGAGAGCCAUGCGGGCUAUCAGAAGUUCAGGGUCUCAAUGGAUGGCCCUCGAGAGCAGCGCAGCCUUGAGGUGACAGAUUUAGAACUGCUCGUCCAAGGUCUUACUCCGCAUGAGAAAUACGACUUCAAGGUUGCGUCCAUCCACGGAGAAUACAUUCAGAGCACAUGGGUGACCACAUCUGUGUGCACAGUGGUCCCAGUUCCGAAGGGCCUAGCUGUGACAGCCAUUGGUGAGACAUCCAUCCAUGUGACAUGGAAGCAGCCUGAUGGAACUGAUCACAUUUCAUAUCGGGUGACCCUCCGCAGGAACCAUGGGCUAGCGGUUAAGGAGUCGGACACCGAAAGCCGUGAGGAUGUGCUGACCAUUUCCACCAAAGCUCUUGAAUGCUCCUUCUCAGAGCUGCUGCCAGCGACCCACUACACCAUCGAAGUGUCCAGUGUGCUGAAGAGUGGACAUGAGAGUGAGCUGGUCGCUAAAAGCUGCCACACAGAGAUUCCUGUGCCAGAGAAUCUGAUGAUUGAAUCAUAUACAACAACUACAGUAAAUCUCAGUUGGAGCCUGUCAGACAAGAUGGAUCAGGUCCCUCACAAAUUCCUCGUCUCCUUCUACCCGCUUGGAAAGAGUGAGCCAGAGACAAAGACAAUUUCUGUUGAUUCAUGCCACGAGGUCAUCACAGGUCUUGAGGGAUACACAAGCUACAGCAUAUCUGUAUUCACCAUUGUUGAAAAUGUUGGGAAGAGUAAAGAGGCCUUGACUUACGCCAUAACUGAUGUCUUGCCUGUUACAGAUUUGACUGUCAGCCAACAUAUUUCAACUGCUUCAAUCAACUGGACUCAUCAGCAGAGAUUUUGGUAUCACCAAGCCUACACCUUUGUUUCCUGCCAUAGUGAUGAAUCUGAUCUCGUGUCUACAACCACUCAAGAUGGGCGCACUCAGUUCUACGAUUUAAAACCAAAUACAGAAUACACUGUCACGGUCAUUGCCAUGGCCGUUUCUUUCUCUGACCUAUCAUGUCAUAGGCCUACCAUUGAUGGGAUAAAAGGCAAUCCUGUCUCCAUUUCAUUUGUUACAAGUCUUCCUCCUCCUGGGCCAAUACAGUUCACUUCAGUGAAGACAGACUCUUUGUCUUUUACCUGGGGACUUCCUAAAGGCCUGACCAGCUGUCCAAAAUUCAAAGUGUCUUUGUGCUCUAUCUCCGAAGAAAAUGCACGAAACACCCCUGCCGAAGAGUAUUAUAGACCGAUUCGUUCGUCAUGGUCACGACGCCGCUCCUGCGAAUUGGUGGUGCCCAUUAUUAGUCACAGACAACAUUGUAAUGAGAAAGUGUAUGAUUAUGACUGUAUGAUCAUUGGGCAUGGCUUGCGUGCAACAUUUGAUAGAAUUUGUGCUGGGAAAGAGUAUAAAGUUACCGUGGCGACCCUCAGUGAAGAAGGAAAGAAACAAAGUACUGAUGUGUUCGCAUUAACACAGACAGCCAUUCCAGCACCAGUUGACCUGAUUGUAAAUGUGGAGGCGCUCUCAGUAACAUGGCAAAAUCCCUCUGAAGCAUUUGGGACCUCUUACCAGCUGAGAGUCAUCAAAGAUGGAGAGUGUCUCGAUAUGAUUAGAACCACAUCUUCCACUUGGACUCUCACUGAUCUGUGUUUUGAGACAGAGUAUUCCAUUGAACUUUCAACUCUGUUGCAUGGCCGUCAGAGCAAGCCAUUGUCUAAAACCUUUAAGUUAGUGACUCCUACUCCACAGGAUAUUGACAUUGUUUCCGUGUCAGAGACAUCUGCUGAGCUCGAUUGGAGCAUGCCCAGUGGGAUGACACAGAUUCCACACAGUUUCCUGGUCUCCUACCACAGCAGACGGGAAGAUCCCCAGACCAUCACCACACAGUCAUGCAACGCAGUCAUCACUGGCCUGACACCAGACACUGAGUACACAGUCAGUGUCUCAACCAAAUUGCAUAAGCAGGGACACACAAGCCAACCGGCUACUAUCACUAUGCACACAGAUCCUCCUCCCCCUGGACCACUCAAGGUGUCCUCUGUGUCCUCAGACUCUGUGAGUCUCUGCUGGGAGCGCCCUGCAGGGUUGGCAGGAUCACAGAGAUUCAAAGUCUCCUACACCGAAAUACUGACAGCAACAGUGUCAAGUAUUAUGGUGCCUGGCUUGAAGGUUUGCAUCCUAGACCUCCUGCCAGGAGAGGGGUAUGAAUUUGCAGUGUCAACUGUCAGUGACAGCGGGAGAGAAAGUGGCACGGUGACAGCCACCACCUGUACAGAUGUCCCUGUUCCGGAGGACUUAAGUGUUGAGCUGAGGGGAAAUUCUGUUGCAGUGACCUGGAGAAGGCCACCACGACUGGACGAAGUGUCAUAUCUGCUGACGCUGGGCAGUGAGGGGCAGUGUGACCAGGCCAUCUGGACAAAGUCUCUCACAUACUCGUUUACUAAUUUGCCGUUUGGCCCAGAGUAUAGUGUCAUGGUCUGUUCUGUCCUUGCAAAUGGCAGACAGAGCAAACAUGUGUCUGAUGUCAUUUGCCAAACUAAGAGGCCUAGACUUGUGUGACUUAUUUUCUAAUAGUGAUAAUGUCUUGCCUGCUUUUGUAUAUAGGAAGAACACUUGAGGGCUGAUAGUUUUCACAUAGAGUCUCAAAAAUAUCCAUGGAAAUCAACAAAUCCAAGAAACUGAUUGAUGUUCUUGAGUAUUUUGUACAUGGUUUUGCAAGAAUAUAUCCAUUUAUAAUAGAGAUGCUCCGGAUCCUGAUUUUUACGAUCCUGCCGGAUACCGAAUCCACUGCUUAAGAACCUGCUGGAUUCGGAACCGGAUACCGGAUCCUACAAAAGGUUUGAAAAGAUGUAGUCUACACACGUCGCACACGUGGGCCCUUUUUAUUACGUUGGCUCAAACUAUUUUUUAGACUCAU